AUAUAAAUUUUUAUUAUGUACUGAUAAAGUAUGAUAUGGCAGAAUACCGUCGACCAAUAGCGAAAAUUUCGCCAUCUUUUUGCAUCAUUGCAUAUAUAAGUACGGCGUGAAACUAACCACGCACUCAGUUAAUUCCCUCUUCUGUUCGAGACAAGAACAAACCCAUUUCUCAAUUCUCAUCAGGGAAAUCCCAUUUCAAACAACUAUAAUCAGUUGACUGUGAUAUUUUAAGUGAAAACUACUUUUGUGAACUCGUUUGUUUCGUCGACGGGACGCCAGGCUAAAUCCAAUUGAAGAAGUGGAAUUUGUCACGUGACUAAUACCGAAGUUAUAAGUAGCGCCGAGAUCACAUCGACGUUCUCUUUUCCACAGUAUCUAAUUCGGAAGUAAAUUCGUAGAUUCUAAUAAUCAAGGUUCAGAAUGCCAGAAACAAAUUUGUCCAAUGGAUACACAAACGGCAAUUCGGGAUAUGAAAUGGUGGACGGAACAGAAUUUUUAUUCACAUCUGAAUCUGUAGGCGAGGGUCAUCCAGAUAAAAUGUGUGAUCAAAUCAGUGAUGCUAUAUUAGACGCACAUCUUGAACAAGAUCCCAACGCAAAAGUUGCUUGUGAAACUGUUACAAAAACAGGAAUGAUCCUUGUUUGUGGAGAAAUCACAUCAAAGGCUGUUGUAGAUUACCAAAAAGUAGUCAGAGAAACCGUCAAACACAUUGGUUAUGAUGACUCUUCAAAAGGCUUCGACUGGCGCACUUUGAACCUGUUAGUAGCAAUAGAACAACAAUCGCCAAAUAUAGCAGAAGGAGUACAUGUAAAUAGAGAAGAACAGGAGAUUGGGGCAGGGGAUCAGGGUUUAAUGUUUGGUUAUGCCACGGAUGAAACUGAAGAAUGUAUGCCACUUACAGUAGUUUUGGCGCACAAACUAAAUCACAAAAUUGCAGAAUUGAGAAGAUCUGGAGAAUUCUCAUGGGCAAGACCAGAUACUAAAACUCAAGUUACUGCUGAAUAUACUUUUGAACGCGGAGCUUGCAUUCCACGAAGAAUCCAUACAGUAGUUGUUUCAAUGCAGCACAGCGAAAAAAUUACUUUGGAAGAAUUACGUAUAGCGAUUAAGGAAAAAGUGAUCAAAGAAGUAAUACCAGCUAAAUAUUUGGACGAAAAAACAGUAAUUCAUAUCAAUCCAUGUGGACUCUUCAUCAUUGGAGGACCACAGGGAGAUGCUGGUUUAACUGGAAGGAAGAUAAUUGUAGACACAUACGGUGGAUGGGGAGCACACGGAGGUGGUGCGUUUUCAGGAAAAGAUUUUACUAAAGUUGAUAGAUCAGCCGCUUAUGCCGCUAGAUGGGUGGCUAAAUCUUUAGUAAAAGCCGGACUCUGCAGAAGAUGUUUGGUACAAGUAUCUUACGCCAUCGGUUUAGCUGAACCUCUUUCUAUUACAGUAUUCGACUAUGGAACUUCCGAAUUGACACAAAAACAGUUGUUAGACAUAGUAAACAAGAACUUUGAUUUGAGGCCUGGCAGAAUUGUGAAGGAAUUGAACUUGAGACAGCCAAUUUAUCAGAAAACUAGCACAUACGGACACUUUGGACGAGAAGGUUUCAGCUGGGAAGUACCUAAAUCAUUAAUUCUACAAUAGUUACUUUAAUUUUAUUGUUAAUACCCAUUUAGUCCUUCCCUAGUAAGUAGAUGUUUAAGAAUAGGAGAAAAAUUCUGUGAUCGGCGCUCUGAACCUUGAGAUGAACGCGACAUUUUGCUUCCUUGAAAAGUAAAAUCGUUUUCGGAGACGAAACGUCGCGUAUUUGCAAGUAAGUUUGGUAAAAAUUCGCCCCAAGUUUUCCGAUACAACCCACAGUGGUACUAAAUGUUAGUGUCGCUGCAAUUUAGUGUGAGUCAAAACGUUCGAUUUCAAGUUAGGUAUUUUACUCGCACAUUGUGUUGUGUUUAAGAGAAUAAAUAAAAAUUUGGAAAAGAGCAUUUCUAUAAACACUCCGGGAUGUAUCAGGAACGAGGAGGGAUAACAAAAAAUCAGACAAACUGUUGAAUUUGGCGUUUUAUAACUAAAAGAGAUAAAAUAUAAUCUAUAAGUUUUAUUAUUUAAUAUAUAUACGAAUAUAUUAUUUUGGUGGAUUAUUUAAUUGUAUUUUAUUUUUUGAAAAAGAGAAAAACAUUUCACAUAAUAAUAUGUAUUUUUUAAUAUAUUUGUUAUAUCCAGUGUAGGUCAAUAAAUCCAUGUAAUUUUUUAUAGUGUAUUAAUAUUUUUAUUGACAUAAUAUAUAAAAUAGGCUCUUUGUCCAAAAUAAACAAUAAAGUAGAUAUUACAACAAA